AUGAGGAAUUUUGCAGCUCCGCGGGACUGGGAGUUGGGCGGCCUCGACUUCACACCUACCACCCUGGAUCACUAUUGCUCGCCGGGUGUGACUUUGAUGUCGCCAGAGUGUGGCUCCGGUGAGGUCGACAAGGCUCCGAAGCUGUUGAUCUACUGGUUCAUGCCACGUGUUGCUACGUGACAGCUGGCAAUGGCAGCCAGCCGCCAGAAACAUCCGUACUGAGCCAAGAACCCCCGCUCUGCAAGCCUGGUUGCUCGUCAGCUCGUCUAGACACAAUGCAGUUGCACCAGAGCUCGCAGCGUCUAUUAAAAGACACCACGAGCGUCCUCGGCCCUCUCGGCAAGCCAUCACGGUAGUUUACCUUGCUCUCAGCGUUGCAUUCUCAACACCAGCUCCAACGCCGGGGCAGAAAACGCUUCGUGAUAGUGGAACAGGUCGAGAUGUUUGAGCAUCCAAGAGUGGCCACCUAAUUACCCGGAACUCCUCACCAACAUGGUAGCCGAGCCGGCCAAUGCGAGGGCGGAUGCCCGUCCAGCCGGGC